AUGGCUAAGGGACAGCUACUCUGGUUCGGCCCACUUGAAGCUGCACCCUCCCCCUUCCACCUACACCGCCACCCACUCUCUUUGAAUGGGGGCGCUGAAGGCGUCUGCCGGCCUGCCUGUCAAGAGCCUUUGUUUCAAACUGAUCAGGCUUCUCUCCGGAGCACCCAAAGGUGGCCAGCCUCCUCUUUGCCCAUCACUCCCCCGGAACCGGAGAAUGAGGCGGCCGUCAUCGCUCACUCGCUGAAGUCGGGCUUACCGCAAAGUGCUGCAAAGUGCUUCUUCACGCCCGCUCGCUCCGUCGAGCUCGCGCUGCACCUGCAAAAAGCUUUUUCUUCCCUAUCCUGUCUCCUCUUCGCGCACAUUCCAGCGGUUUGCAUCGUCGCCUUGAGGUUUGAGAUGGCGCUUCUUGGACGUGCAGCUGGGCGACACGUCUUCUUAUUUUUGCUUCACUCUUUUGGCUUUGGGGCAUCCUCCUCCAUAGUUAACAUGCGGAGGAUCACACAUCCUACUGUACAGCAGCCACUGGCAGGUGAAGCCGUGCUCCCCUGUGUUUUUACCCUAGCGAGCAGCUCAUCCACUCAGAGUGUCCGCCUCCUGUGGACUCUGGACAGGCUUCCCGCUGGCGGGCGAGGCACCCCGCUGGAGCGUGUUGUGCUGACUGCUGAAGGUGACGUCAUUAAGGUGAAUAAGGCUUUCAGCGGCCGCGUCAGGCUGCCAGGAUAUGCUGCCAAUCCCCUCAACGCUACCAUGGAGAUCUCUGGCCUGCGCUCCAACGACUCGGGCACUUACCACUGUCAGGUUGUCAAGGGCAACGACUACGAGAGAGACGCCGUGCCCCUGGUGGUCUACGGUGUGGUGUUUCAUUAUCAAGCACCCAGCGCACGCUACGCCCUCUCCUUCGCAGACGCCCGGCGAGUCUGCCAAGAGAACUCGGCUCAGAUGGCCACGUCGGCCCAGAUGUGGGCCGCGUUCUACGACGGCUUCGCCAGCUGCGCGGCCGGCUGGCUAGACGAUCAGACUGUCCGCUAUUCUGUCCAAUCAACUGAGUUAGACUGCUCUGGACAUAAAGAGUACUCUGCUGGAGUGAGGAAUUAUGGGAAGAUGGACCCCAAAGAGUUGUUUGACGUCUACUGCUUUGCAAAAGAACUGGACGGCGAGGUGUUUCACACUUCAGUUCCUGGCAGAUUGUCGCUGUCUUCAGCAUCAGACCGCUGCGUGUCCCUAGGCGGCCAGCUGGCCAACGUGGGGCAGCUUUAUCUGGCCUGGAGGGCCGGCCUGGAUAGCUGCGCCCCUGGUUGGCUCUCUGACGGCAGCGUCCGCUACCCGGUCAGCCUCCCUCGCCCGGAUUGCGGCGGGAACAAGCCGGGAGUUCACACUGUCACGCCAAACAUGACGAGUGACGACGCAACGGCGCUGUAUGAUGCAUACUGCUAUAGAGGUAAGGUGGAGAACACAGACACCAUUUCUCAAAUCUACACUUCCCUGUGGAAGCCCUGGAGCUACCUCACUGACUCCAGUACAACAACUGCGGCAACAGAGAACCCACCAAGCAUUAAAGAUCGUGACCAGUCUCCAUCCAACUGGACCGGAUUGGUGGACCUUGAAGAGGAAGAGACCCUUUUUAACAUCAAUGCUUCCUCAGACCCGUGGUCAUCAGAGUCCCCGCAGUCGUACGUCAGCCUUCAGAUAUUUCCGGGUCAAAGCAUCGACUGGGGAGAACCGCUUGAGCCCGACUCGCCGGAGUUUCUACGACCUCCUGUCGUUCCAACUCCUGCAGAGAAGAAGGUCAUCUCAGGGAUCGUCAAAUCCUUUUGGAAGCCUUGGAACUAUCUCGUCGGGACUGGAAGCGGAGGUGAGGAUACGUCCGAAACUCCCAAAGGGGCGAAAGCUGAAGAUGUGAAAAUGAAGAAGACGGAGGAUGAAGGGACUUUGGACACGACAGCAUCACCAGGCUCAAGUUUGGCGUCCACUAGUACCUCCAAGGACUCAACCUCUGCCAAAGCAGAAUCAUCCACUCAACCGACAUCUUCACAUGCAUCUAAUAAUUCCUUGACUACCAUUACAGCCAUCAGUGAGAAGACUUCAGAAAAAAGUCCGUCCAUCUCCACCGCCUCGACUCCUGAAACAACUUCAUCUAGCGUGGAACCGUGGGUUCGCGUCGAUACCGAGACCACAACUCAGCCCGACAAGAAGGACGUUACGAUAACGUCGCGAGCCGGUUCCAGAGGAGGAAGAGGCAGAGGGAAGAAAAACAGAGGAGAGGACCGAAGCAGAGGAGAAGACGAAGGAAGCGGUGAGAUUACCGGCGCGGAGGCUAAAGGGGAGAUUCAAGUCUCGCGACGUCCAGCCGGGACGAGCAAACCAAGAGAAAGGUCCAGGUCUAGGGAUCGUGGUCAUAGGAAAGGACAAAUCACGACAACUACAAGCGCCAGCCCUACCACCACUCCCGAGCCCACCGUGAUGUCAACAUCUCAGAUAACAGCGUCCAAACUCUUGUCCACCGUUUCAACUGAAGCCCAAUCGGCAUCUAUCCGAGCUGAAUUGGAGCACACGUCUUCAUCAUCAAGCUCAUCGUCCUUUUCAACCUCAAGCCAGUCUCCAGCUUCAUCUCCAACUCAGACUGUUAGAUCAGCAGGACCUCGGCUAUUUCCUCUCUCAGACAACCCGAAUAGCUCAGCUAACCCGAGAUCAUCGCUAGACUGGGUUCCAGUUGAGACUGUGGCGGUUCUGAACGUCACUCUGGGUUCUCCUCUAGAGGAAGAAGAGCCUGCCUGGUCCCAGACUGUUGGCUCAGGGUCCCCAUUAGCGAGCAAUGUGGACGAGGAGAGCAGCAGGUUCAACGUCAGCACCGUCGCUUUGGUCCCAGCUGUGGAGCCCUGCGUGACAAACCCAUGUCUGCAUGGAGGCAAGUGUCUUCCUCAGGGAACGGGCUACAGCUGCUACUGCCCACAAGGGUACGCGGGGGAGAACUGUGAGAUUGACGUCGACGACUGCCAGUCGGAGCCGUGCGAAAAUGGAGGCACUUGCAUCGACAAGAUUGAUUCUUUCCUUUGUCUUUGCCUGCCCAGCUAUGGAGGAGACACAUGUGAGAAAGACAUAGAAGGCUGCGAACACGGCUGGAGGAAGUUUCAUGGACACUGCUACAGGUACUUCACCCACAGACACACGUGGGAAGAUGCAGAGAAAGACUGCAGAGAGCACAGUGCCCACCUGAGCAGCGUUACUUCGGCAAAUGAGCAAGAGUUUAUCAAUGGUCUCGGACAUGACAACGCCUGGAUUGGUCUGAAUGACCGCACGGUGGAAGAUGACUUUCAGUGGACUGAUAACAACGAACUAGUAUACGAGAACUGGCGGGAGAGCCAGCCAGACAACUUCUUUGCAGGAGGCGAGGACUGUGUUGUGACCAUUGCUCAUGAGGAUGGCAAAUGGAAUGACGUGCCCUGCAACUAUAAUCUGCCCUACAUCUGCAAGAAGGGAACAGUGCUGUGUGGGACCCCACCUGCUGUAGAAAACGCCCACCUGGUAGGUCGGCGGAGGUCGCACUACGACAUCCACGCUGUGGUGCGCUACCAGUGCUCGGAGGGCUUCUAUCAACGCCACAUUCCUACCGCACGCUGCCGGGCGGACGGCAGCUGGGAGCGACCCAGGAUCAUAUGCGCUAAGUCACGGCGUUCCCACCGAUACAGACGCCAUCAUCGCAAGGAGCGUCGCGAACAUCGCGGCCACCGGAGACACGGCGAGGGCCACAAAACCAGAGAGGACGCGCGCAGCUACGACUGA